GUUCGGAGCAAGCUAGUAUUUUCAUAGUUUGCUGUUUUGGCGGAGGUAGAAAUUGGAACGGUAGUAGAUCGUUCUUCCUUUUCCUGUCGUGGCUGCGGUACAGUGAGGAGUGUGGAUUUGAGUGAUCCACGCUCUUUUAUUAUAACAAUAAUGGCGUGUGCACGUCCUCUGAUUUCGGUUUACUCCGAAAAGGGGGAGACGUCUGGUAACAAUGUUGUCUUGCCAGCUGUGUUCAAAGCUCCCAUUCGUCCAGAUAUUGUGAAUUUUGUUCACACUAACUUGCGGAAAAACAAUAGGCAACCUUACGCAGUUAGUGAACUCGCAGGACACCAGACCAGUGCAGAGUCCUGGGGUACAGGUCGAGCUGUGGCUCGUAUUCCUCGUGUUAGAGGUGGUGGAACUCAUCGCUCUGGCCAGGGAGCAUUUGGCAAUAUGUGUCGUGGUGGGCGUAUGUUUGCCCCUACAAAAACCUGGCGUCGCUGGCAUCGCAAAGUGAACACAACUCAAAAGCGGUAUGCCAUCUGUUCUGCUUUGGCAGCUUCAGCUCUCCCUGCUUUGGUUUUGUCAAAAGGACACCGUAUUGAGGAAAUCCCAGAAGUUCCUCUUGUUGUCGAGGACAAGAUUGAGGGUUACAAGAAGACUAAGGAAGCUGUACUGCUGCUUAAAAAAAUAAAAGCCUGGAAUGACGUAAAAAGGGUUUAUGCUUCUCAGCGCAUGCGUGCUGGUAAGGGUAAAAUGAGAAAUCGUCGUCACAUCCAACGCAGAGGACCAUGUGUUAUCUACAGUGAAGAUAAUGGUAUCACAAAGGCUUUCAGAAAUAUCCCUGGUGUCACCUUGUUAAGUGUGAACAAACUUAACCUUUUGCGACUUGCUCCUGGUGGUCAUGUUGGACGUUUCUGUAUCUGGACUGAGAGUGCAUUCCGCAGGCUGGAUGAUUUGUAUGGCACAUGGCGGAAACCUGCCUCACUCAAAAAUAAUUACAACCUUCCAAUGCAUAAGAUGACACAAACCGAUUUGACUCGAAUCCUUAAGAGUGAAGAAAUCCAGAAGGCUUUGCGCCCACCCAACAAAAAGAUACAUCGUAGGGUGCUGAAGAAGAACCCAUUAAAGAACUUGCGUGUUAUGUUGAAACUGAAUCCCUAUGCGAAGACAGUUCGUCGUCGUGCAAUCCUUCGCAGAAUUCCAAAGCCAAAAGCCGAACCCAAGGCGGAGAAGGCACCAAAGGCAGAACCAGGACAAAAGGUUCAGAAGAAAACUCGGAAGGCUGCAAAAAAAACCGCAUAAACUUUCAUUUUCGCCUUCGAGUAAAAUAUGGGAAUUUCAAAAAAUAAAAGUUUAAAAUAAGAAUUUA